AUGCAACCCAACAAAGCGCUUGCAGUUCUUCAAUGGCGUUCAUGUAGCGGCUACAAAUCUCUGAAAUUUUCUGCUGGGUGGAGGAGGGCUGGGUUGCGGGUUGGGGGGUGGGAGGAGGGGUCUGUGGGGGAAUUGGGGAGAAGAAACCAGGGGAGUGGGGGUUCUGGUUUCUACAAGUGGAGGGUGGGAGGAUGGGGGAGGGGUCUGUGGGUGGUGGUUGGGAAAUGGGGGGAAGAAGAAGAGGGAAUGAUUUUUCUAAUAAUUUGA